CAAAUAAUAUCACAAUAUUACUACAACGUUUUCAUUGCAGCUAGUCAACUAACACCAUUAUGUAUAACGGACAAUCUUCAUUCUCCAGCCUUACCGAUCAAAGAGUGAUAAAUGCUACAAGAGAAGCUGAAAUCCUUGAACACACUUUGCUAGGCCUUGAGAACAAACGCCCAAAAAACACGACAUUGGUGUACAAAAAGAAGCAGGAGAUCCUUAUGGACUUUUGCAUAGAAAAUCGCUACGCGGAUGGCUGUAUUGUGACUGAAGCUAAGUUAUUGCGUUUUCUCGAUGAAGUCGUUGUACCUAGAGGCAGCUUAAAAAAGGAUCGAAAGGAUGAUAGUUCCGUGUAUGAACUUAAAAUGGAAACUAUUCAACAAUACAUCAAGGCGGUAGUUAACCUUCAUGCAAUUCAAUUUUCCAGAAAUAUAUCCAGGGAAUCUGGUGUUCGUGGUGCUGCUCUACGUGCAUGGUUGAAGAACAGACGACACAGUGAACGACAACGAAAGCGUGAGAGUUACAAGGAUCGCGCUCGUCACACUGCACAGGACGGUUACACCCCUGAAGAACUUAUCAAGCUAUCAAUAUUCUAUUUCAAAGAAGGAAAGGAGAAGCCAUUCAGGAACCGAAUGCUCUUUCUGAUGCAGCAUAUGAUGCUGUUACAUGGUAAGGGCACUGGAGAUAUGGAACUAUGCGAUCUUUUCCCUUUAGAACCUCAACUCCAGUUGGCGAAUUUCUAA